CUUUGAUUCUUCCCGAUUAAAAACUUUCAGCAGGCCUGGUGUACCAGCUGAAGUAACGUUAAGAAGUAACUUUGGGGAUUGGGGUCGUGGCAGUUCUGGUGGUGGUUUGAAAGACCACAGUGAAAAUAAGCAGCAGGAAAGCAAUCGUUUCAAUGUUUUGGUGGACAGCAUGGGUGGUAAUUCACUGGCUGGAGAUAACAGGAGAAACACUCCCGCAAUGGGGGGUAAUCGUCUGGCUCCUGGCAGUGGCCCUGCCCGGCAAGGAAGCUUCGGCAGCAAGAGUAUGCCACCACUAAAUGACAAAGAAAGUGCUAUCUCAGCUGUCAAGAAGUUUGUUGCUCCUGAUCGUAGUAAAUCAACUAGUCGCCCUGAGUCGAGGGAUAAUUCUAUAUCUCGGGAAUCUGAGCCUUUGAGAGGAUAUGCUCAAGUUGAUGUAGACGCACUACGAAAGAUUUCAGUUGCAAUUGUUGAUGAAUACACUCACAAUAGUGAUCCUGAGGAAGCAAAGUUGUGUGUAAAGGAGAAGUUUGAACUUGGUACCAUGAAGUUCUUUGUACAGUUUUCUUUGGAAUGGGUUCUUGAUCGUGAUUCCAAGAAGAGAAAAAUGGUUGGGCAGUUGUACCAUGAUCUUAUUAUGGAGAAACUACUUACAGCUGAGCAGCUCUUGGAGGGUUCACAAGAGAAUUUGGGGAUGGUGGAAGACUUCUUAAUAGAUAUUCCACAAGUUUGUGAUUACCUUGGUGAAAUAUUUGCUCCAUGUCUCAAUGACAAUGCUGUGUCCAUACACAGACUUGUAGAUUUGGCUCAAUAUGCUGGAAAUAAGAAGGCACACAUACUAGCUUCUAUCUUAUCCAGAGCUGCAAUGAUUAUGAGUCCAAAUAAAGUUUCUGAUCUGUGGAAUUCAUCUGGUAUUAGUUGGUCUUCUAUAUUACCUCCCAGUGCCAAUAUUGAUGAAUUUCUUACAAAACACCAAGUUGAGUUUACUGUUGAUAGAAACAAAACCGGAAAUCAUAGUGGCUGGAACCCCCAGAAUGUGGAGUCAGAGUUCCUUAAGCUGUUCAAGAGAGCAUCAAAUGACGAAAUCUUUGGAUGGAUUGAUGCAAAUAUUGGAAAUGAUGCCAAGAGCAGCAAAUUCAUUCGUGCCUUGGUCACCGCCUUAGUUGAAAGCCAAGCGGCAACUUCAAAUGAUGGUUCUUCUAUUCGUGUGAGUGAAGAUUUUGAGGAGAAGAUGAAGAACAGACUGUCUGUGGUGCUGAAGUAUGUGGAUGGCAAUGAAAUGUUGGAGAUGCAGUGCAUCUAUGCCCUCCAAGCCCUAUGUGUAAAGCAUCAAUAUCCUCAAGGUCUUCUGGAGAAGUGCUUCAAUGCCUUUUAUGACUCAGAAGUUGUGUCAGAAGAGGCCUUUGAAGAAUGGGUGAACUCCAAGGACCCUGAGGAGCAGGAGGGUAAAGGAGUGUGUAUUACCUCUGUCCAGAGCUUCAUGCGCUGGCUAAAGGAGGCAGAUGAAGAAGGAUAAACAUUGAGGAUUUGUCCCUCAUGCCUCCUGAAUUCUUCCUUAACAGUGUUAAUAGAAACAAUGGCUUUGUUACUGAUCAAGAAUAUAUUAUAAAUGAGUGAAUUUGAAGAAGUGGAGCCAAACAUUAGAUAUUUGUGAUUUUACUACAGCUACUAGUGUCUUGAGCCUGGCACGAAAGGCAGAUCUUUCUAAGGCUAACCUACUUUUUGUUGGAAUGAAGUGUUGAUGCUGGCUGUCAACCUGCCGUCUUUUCCUAGCAAGGGAUACACUGCAGGCUGACACCGUGUACAUGCAAGAGUAAAUCCUUAAUCUUGUUUAUGCUGCCUCUUUCUUUCUUUAUUUAUUUUCUAUGUAAAAAGUGCACAUGGAAAGAGUAACAAUGUGAAGUGGAAGUGCAGAUGGUUUUGUAAUGUUUGCUAGGGUGACAAUUGGUUGCAUAUUAUUGUUAUUGUGUUAUAGCAUAGUAGAAAUGAGAAUUGCAUUCCCUACACUUCCAAAAUACUGAAUGAUUGUAUAGAAAAAAAAAUAUAUGCAUUUAGAUACAUGAAAAGCUCAGUUACUUGUUUACAGCUUGGCUCCUCAUAAGUUUUGUAAUUAUGGCUCAAAUUCUGUGAUUUAUUUUGUAUAUUUAUAUAUAUAUAAAUAUAUAUAUAUAGUUAAAGUCAUGUACAGACCCGAGCAUGUGCCUAAGGCUGGAGGAUAUGCUUGCUGGCUGCUGUCAACUCCCAUGAACUCCUCUGCUACUCAGGGAUGUUGGCAGUUUGUUGAAUUUAAUAUGCAAAAUGUGACAUUUGCAAUUUCAGCAAGUCACUGUGUGUCCCAUCAAGGGCUUGCUAAUCUGCUAGUUGUUAUAACGAGUCAUACGAGCUCUGCCCUGUGCCCCCGACAUGUGACCUCUCAUGGUGUGAGGUACCAUGACUCGACAUGACUCCCAAGUUCAUUCUCGGUUAUUCUUAGCUUGCUGUCCCAUUUUUGCUGCUACUGAGCUUUGCUAAACCUAGAGGAUGUGCCCCCUCAUGAGCCAUUUAGUUUUGAGCAAGGGGCGAUCAUUUUUCUUCAGACCUGACUGGACUGACAUUUGACCUUGUGCUAAUGUUUUGCUGGGCACAGGAUAGAGUUCCACUUCUUGUUUCGUUAAUGCGUUAUUAUAAGCAGAAGGAAAACUGGGGUUAUAUUUAAGAUGAAGUGCUAUAAAUUAAUAUUGUAAACCAUAUCGCCUCUGAAAAUAAAUUUAAUAUUUAC